AAAGAGCGCCCCUCUAGAGAGCGCAUGCGCAGGGCGACGACAGUAGGCCGCGGCCUAACUGUCGUCGUUCGCUCGCUUGGGAUUCCAUUCUCGCGGGUGCGGAGGGAGCCGGUCACGGCCGCCCCAACGGGAUGUUCGUGGCGCUAAACGAACUGCUCGGGCUUUCCGUGGAGCAGCCGGAGCGGAGCAAAUUGAUUUUGCUUUGUGCCACGCAGACAGAUGCCAGUUUCCUGCUCCACCAUUUUCUUUCCUUCUACCUGAAAGCGGGUUGCAAAGUCUGUUUUCUGGCCUUCGUGCAAUCCUUCAGCCAUUACAACUCUGUGGCUCAAAAGCUGGGAGUCAGUCUCCUGACAGCCAAGGAACAAAAUCAGCUGGUGUUCUUUGAAGGGCUGAAAUUGGCAAACCACGUUUUCUUCAGCGACGCGCAGAAAUCCGAGGACCCCAAUCCUUUCCAGUUCAUUAGCGGAGAUGGCUCGGAUCUGAAACAACUUUACCAUUUUGUCCGGACAUCCAUGAAUCCUUCUGCUGACGGAUAUCGGUGGAAGUUCCCCGUUGUGAUCAUUGACGAUCCCGGUGUCCUGCUAAGUCUUGGAGUGCGGCUGACGGAUGUCCUGAAUUUCGUUCACUAUUGCCGGGCGACCGUCAAUGAUGAACUGAAGGGGAACUUGGUUUUCCUGGUGCGGAGCAGUGAAGCGUCGGAAGACGAGGAGAAUGAACUUCUGGGAAAGGCCCUUCGCCAUCAGGCCCACAGCGUCCUCUGGGCCGAAGGUCUGGCCAGCGGCUACUGCAAGGAAGUCCACGGACAGGGUGUCUUUCGCACUCGGGGAGGCCUCGGCGGCGACACUCUGCAGGCACUCGUCGGGAUGGCAGCGAGCUGACGCGGAACCACCGAGAAUGUCCUGGACUGAGUCGCUCCGCGGGAAG